CCCGUCAUCCACUCCUCCCCCCGCUUCCCAAACUUCUCUUGCCCGCAUUUCAAAAAAAAAAAAAAAACCUUCUCUUGCCCGGCAGCACGUACACACGAGGCCGAUCGGCGCCGCGGCGGCGGGAUGGCAGCGGCGGCGACGAUGACAUGGCACGAUGAGCUGUACACGAUCGUGGGCGACACUGGCGUGCCCCUCCCCGGUGCCGGCGGAGCGGCGCCGGCAGCGCCGGCGGCGAAAGUUGCGGUGGUGGGGGCCGGUUGGCUCGGAGAGGAGGAGGAGGGGAGGGCGGAGGAGGGGUGGGCGCAGCAGGCGAGAGGGUUCGCGGAGUCGACGGCGGAGAUGCUGCUGGAGCUGGGCCGGGGGCUGUGGGACGUCGCCGCGCAGAGCCUCGCCGGCGCCGAGGACAGCGAGCUCGGGCGGCGCCUCCGGCGCCGGGCGUCGGCCGCAGGGAAGCGCCUUAGAUUCAUGAACGAGUACCUCCCCGAGGAGCGCGACCCCGUGAGGUGCUGGUUCGUCGUCGCCGCAGUCGCAUUCGUCACGCUCCUAGUUUUAGGUGUAGGGAGUGGCGAUGAAACUCAAGUAGAGCGUCCAAAGAAACUUUACAUUAGUCCCCCAAGUGCUAACAGAAUCCAACUUCCUGAUGGACGACAUCUGGCUUAUGAAGAACAAGGAGUCUCAGCUGAUAGGGCAAGAUUUUCACUGAUUGUUCCUCAUUCUUUUCUGUCAUCAAGGUUAGCAGGAAUCCCUGGAAUCAAUGCAUCCCUUCUGGAAGAAUUUGGGGCGCGGCUUGUGACCUAUGAUCUUCCUGGUUUUGGUGAAAGUGAUCCUCACCCAAGCCAAAAUCUCAAUUCUUCUGCACUGGACAUGCUCCAUUUGGCUAAUGCCCUUGAUAUUCCGAACAAGUUCUGGGUCGUGGGCUAUUCUGGAGGAGGCAUGCAUGCUUGGAGUGCUCUUCGUUACAUUCCUGACCGAGUAGCUGGAGCAGCAAUGUUCGCACCUAUGGUGAAUCCAUACGACCCCAAGAUGACCAAGGAUGAGAGGCGUAAAACAUGGGAUAGCUGGUCAACAAAACAGAAACUAAUGCACAUUUUAGCUCGGAGGUUUCCAUCACUACUACCUCUCUUUUAUCACCGAAGCUUUCUUUCUGGAAAGCAGGGACAGCCCGAGAGUUGGUUGUCACUGUCAUUGGGAAAGAAGGACAAAACUUUACUGGAAGGUCCUACGUUCAAGGCAUUCUGGGAAAGGAAUGUUGCAGAGUCUGUGCGCCAGGGAGAUGCACAGCCAUUUGUAGACGAAGCCGUGCUGCAAGUAUCUGACUGGGGCUUCAGCUUGUCCGACAUUCAAAUGCAGAAGAAAGAGGAUUGGGGCUUUUUUGAGUUGAUCAAGUCUCUAUUCAAUCAGGUUGAACGAGAGUGGGUGGGAUUUCUGGGCCCAAUACAUAUAUGGCAGGGGAUGGAUGACCGAGUGGUGUCGCCAUCAGUGGCCGAAUUUGUCCGGCGGGUGGUUCCAGGAGCCACAGUGCACAAGCUUCUUGAUGAAGGCCACUUCUCAUACUUCUGUUUCUGUGACGAAUGCCACCGGCAGAUAUUCUCCACCCUCUUCGGCAUUCCCCAGGGUCCUAUCAACCCUGUGCUGCAAUCCAGUGAAGUGGCCUCAGAGCUCCCCGAAGAAACAACAGUAGCAGACAAUGCUACGGAGCAGGAUCGGAGCUUCGCCUGACCACGAUCGGCUUCAGGAUCAGCAGUAUAGAUACGAGGCAUUAAUACUACUUAACACAAGACAUCACAGAUAGACGGGCUUUUCUUCGCCGCCCAUGAGGCAAUGCUUACAGGAGGGGAGGAGGUGGAUUUGGCUGCUUCUUUUGUGCAAGUAUUGUGUACGCAAUGCUCUGGGUACGAGGAGGCUGAACUGAACGUGCCGAUUCGCUUCGAUGCACGCCACCUGCUCGGUGCGCUUGUAGUAUAGCUCAGUGUCGACAUUUAAUUAAUUUCUCAUAAUGUGACGCCGUUAUAGACUUCCUUUUGCACAUUUGCUUACUCUGGGAUGCGAAUCCGAUGGUUGAAUUGGACAUUCA